AUGGAUGGAAUCUGUCAUUGGUUGUGUGAAAAAGACGAGGAAGAUAACCCCGCUGAACCAUGUUUGGUGUCAUUUUACUUGAGCAAUGAGGUGUUCUUAAUAACACCCAUACCCUCAAACUUAGAUGAUUGUUUUGAUGUUGAAGCAUCCUGGAUAAACUUGGCAUGGUUAAAUGAGUGCAUUGCAUUGAUCUCUUAUCAUGUACCAAGGACUACUUUUCACAUAUCAAUUUUGGGUGAAAUUGGAAAGAAUGAAUCAUGGACCAAUCACUUCACUAUUGGACCAUUGUCUUGCGUUGAGUUUCCUAUCGGAGUGGGGAAAAAAGGGGAAUUAUUCUUCCAAAGAAAGGAUGAAGAAUUAGCUUGGUUUGAUCUUCAUACUCAAAUGAUUGAGGAACUUGGUUAUAAAGCAGGGGAUUGUCGUACUCGGAUAAUAAUAUACAAGGAAAACAUUCUUGAAAAUGGAGGAAUAGGUAAUUAA